AUGGACACACCUGUUUUGUAUUGCGACAAUCUUCCUCGAUUUGUGGGUCCAGGCUCCAAUGUGACGGUAGCUCUGGGUCGAGAAACAACCCUCACUUGCAAGGUGGACAACCUUCAAUCAUUUAAAGUGGCGUGGUUGCGAGUGGAUACGCAGACAAUCCUCACAAUUGCUGGCCACGUAAUCACCAAGAACCACCGCAUCAGUAUCAGUCAUGGAGACGGUUCCUGGAGCCUUGUGUUACGGGAAGUGGCACCAGGCGAUGGCGGACGAUACAUGUGCCAAAUAAACACAGAGCCUAUGAUGAGUCAGCUGCAUUUACUCCAAGUCGUCGUGCCUCCGGACAUUGACGAUGAAGCAAGCAGCAGGGAAAUCAUCAUAAAGGAAGGUGAAAAUGCAGCGAUGCAAUGUGUGGCGUCUGGUACUCCACCUCCGUCUAUCGCGUGGAGGAGGGAAGACUCACGGCAUUUCAAAAUCGAUAAUAGCACCUUAGUUUCGAAAUCAAGCGGUGAAUGGCUGAACCUGACAGGCGUGGAGCGAGCAACGUCGGGAGCCUACUUGUGUAUAGCUUCUAACGGAGUGCCACCAUCAGUCAGCAAGAGGAUCAUAUUGCAUGUUAUUUUCGCCCCAUCAGUAUGGACAGGUCGUGUUGCUAUUCGCGCUUUGUCAGGGACUGCUGUUUCCUUGCAGUGUACUGCGGAGGCCUAUCCGGUGCCGCAGACUUACUGGGUGCUCAAUGGAGAACAGAGACUUGUCAAUGGAACAAAGUACCGCCACUCUCGAUCAUCUCGUGGGUACCGUCACACGGCGACGCUUGUGGUGAGCAACAUGUCACGCGAUGACGCCGGCUCGUAUCGUUGUCAUGUCGAAAAUUCCGCUGGCAAGGCCUAUGCUGAUGUAUUUCUGCACAUGCUUACUACAACAACGACGACGACGACAACCACAACAACAACUACAACUACAACCACUACGACAACAACACCACCGACGACGUUAUUACCUUUCGUAGAAAGCCACCUGGAGCAGCAGCCUCGCGAGGUUCUGGAAGAUCCUGCUCUCGAGGAUUCCUACGUGGUUUUAAGCCAGCACCAGAUGCAAAAUCUCGAAAUGAUAACAACAAUGUGA